AUGCUUGCGGGAAAAGGAUACUCAUGGAAGGCUGCCAAAGCGCGGUUGCCGCCAUCACGGCAGGUCAUACAUGCAGUACGGAACCCAAAGUUUCUGGUGUCAGUUGGUCUGAUUACUGCAAUUGUGCUGCUAUGGCGGUCCAUGGGGUCAGCAGCACAAGAGGUGCAGAGAUUCUACUGCUUCGGCCCUUCAAAACCUCCAAUGCACAUGACAGCGAACGAGAACGAAGACUGGCACGCGCACCUAAAUACACCUGUGAUAUUCAACCAUCAUAAACCAGUAGAGGUCAACGCUACCGAUAUCGAGCAUAUCGACCUAAAUAAGAUCACGUCAACCGUCGACGCAGCCAAGAACAAGGAGCGCGUGCUGAUCCUCACUCCGCUCCGUGAUGCCUCAUACUACCUCGCGAAACACUUCGACCUCCUCACACAACUCACAUAUCCCCACGAGCUGAUCGAUUUGGCGUUUUUGGUUGGUGACUCGACCGAUGAUACCAUGGCAGCAUUGGCAAAGGAAUUGGAGAGGGUACAAAACAACCCCGAAGUUGCUUUCAGGUCAACGAUGAUUAUCGAGAAAGAUUUUGGCGUCACUCUCUCGCAGAGUGUGGAGGACAGACACAGCUUUGAAGCCCAGGGCCCGCGGAGGAAGGCGCUGGGCAAAGCCAGAAACUACCUGCUAUACACUGCGUUGAGACCAGAGCACAGCUGGGUCUACUGGAGGGAUGUGGAUAUUGUCGACAGUCCGUCCAAGAUCAUCGAGGACUUCGUGGCGCAUGAUCGGGAUGUUCUUGUUCCUAACAUCUGGUUCCAUAGAUACAAGGAAGAGAACGGCAAAAUGGUCGACAUCGAAGGGCGCUUCGACUAUAACUCCUGGCAAGAAUCCCCCGAAGGUCUCAAACUGGCUUCGACUCUCAACAAAGACGUAGUCCUUGCAGAAGGCUACAAACAAUACCCCACGAAACGCAAGUACAUGGCCAAAAUGGGCGACUGGCGCGCCAAUAAAGACGAAGAAAUACCCCUCGACGGCAUCGGUGGCGUCAACAUCAUUGUAAAAGCAGAUGUCCACCGUUCUGGCAUCAACUUCCCUAGCUAUGCAUUUGAGAACCAGGCUGAGACAGAAGGCUUUGCGAAGAUGGCCAAGAGGGCGGGCUAUGGCGUUUACGGUCUUCCAAACUAUGUUGUAUGGCAUAUUGAUACCGACGAGAAGCCUGGCAAUGCUUAA